CCGCCGAGUUCGCGGGGAGGGGGCGCCGGGACUCCCCUCUCCCCGCCCGGGACGCCGCCCGCCCGAUCGCGCCGUGGGAUGUAGAGCCCGCUCGCCGCCUCCUGGACCUUCGUCGGACCCUCCGCCCCGCGGAAAGCCCCAAGGAAAGAGAGGUCUGAAUGAGCCCCUGAGCAGGGAAACUUCCCUGCCUCCCCACCAGCGUCAACAUCACACUUCUGCCUCCAGUGCCUAGGCUCUAAGAUGGGGCGACAAUGCGGGGAGAUGGUGGCACCUGGGAGGCAGGGAGCCUAAAUUCAGGACGAUCUGUCAUUGCCUUGCUGGGUGACCUUGGGCAGGUCCCCCCAUCCCGUGCCCUGUGCAGUGUCUACAUCUGUGUGGAGAACAGUUGGCCACUCGAGAUCUUGCAAAGUCUACCUCCUUAUGCCUCCAUCUCCUCACCUGUCAAAUGGGGACGAGAGAACCCUCAAAGGCACGAGACGUGAAAGAGAUAGUGGACGUGAAGAAAGUUUAAGAGCUACCGCCCUGUGUAGAAAUCCUGGAAGCAGCACUGACAGAGGCUGGGGUGUGCAGAUCCCUUUUUCUUCCAGGAGGCUCAGCUCCCAAGAAUCGCGACCCACAUCUCCCUGGGGACCUCUCUCGAAGCCCUCUGGCCUUGGCCUCACAUGUUAACAUGCGGAGCUCAGCAAAGCAGUCCUCAGAUGUUUAAGUGUCUACUAUGUGCCGGGCACCAGGGUUCCAGGGUGAAGCAGAGAUCCAAGACCCCUGCACUUAAUGGUGGUUGUACAUGAAAUCGGUUUGGAUCGGAGAAAUGCUGUGAGGAUCAGGACGCAGACAGAGAGCACCUGGGGGCCCCUCGGAGGAGGCAGCCUCUGACUCAGACCUAAACGGUAGCAAGGGGCCCUGCUGUCCGGUUGCCGCUCUGCCUCCCUCCGCUGUGCCGGGUCCUCGUCCGCGGGCAGGGGAUGCCCAGCGGCUCUGGGGCCUCCGCUCUCCUCCUCAGCAUUCCUGCCCCAGGCGGCCGCAUCCGCUUCCACAGCUUCCAGCAGCGCCGGUGGUCAGCAUCAAACCUCAGGUCGGACGUGCUGCGGACUUCUCCACCCGCACACCCCACGGCCACCGCACACCCCACGGCCACCGCACACUGGAAAUCAUCACUCCUUAAAUCGGGUCCUCUUUCAGUGUCCCGUUGCACCUGUUCCCAACACCCCUCUUCCCAACCGCUCCAUGCAACCCGCCACCGCGCCCUGCAGGCCACCGCCUGGGCCGCACCGGAGCCCGCUGGAAAGCCUCCUGCGUGCAUGGGAACCCGCGCAGGGCCUCUUACCCCGUGAGUGCACCGGACCCGGAAAGCAGAGGCCUCCGAGGCCAGACCAGGGCAGGGGGCCACAGGAGCCACAUCGAGGAGGGUUUUUUGUUUUUUGUUUUUCUUUUCUUUUUUUAAGUAGGCUCCACGCCCAGCAUGGAGCCCAGCGCGGGGGGCUUGAACUCAUGACCCUGCGAUCAAGACCUGAGCAGAGAUGGACUGAGAUGCUUAACCAAACUGAGCCCCCCAGUUGCCCUGAGGAGGUUUUAUUUCUUAAGCCUGGUGGUGGAUACACAAGGGUUUAUUGUAUUAUUCUUUAUUCCUAUUUGUCUUAAAGAUUUCACGUGAAAAUUGAAAAGAUCCAACCAGGCAAAACCCAACUGCCUGCCCACCUGUUUCCUGUGGCCGUGAGGGUGAAAUCUGUAAUCCCUCCCACCCGCUACCUCUGGGACCGCAUCCUGGGCAAGUUUACUCUCCCUCCUCUUGCUCACUUCACUCCCACUAAGCGGACUUGCUGCAGAGUCUCGACACGCCAAACCCCUUCUGGAAUGUUCUACACCCCACCUUUCACACAGACACACAGUUCUCCUCACCAACUUGACUCCCAGUCACUGCUCAGGGCUAGUUUCAAUGUCACUUUCUCAAAGAGACCUCAGGGGACCCCCCCACUAAACAAGAGCCCCCUGUCCUUUCUCUCACAUCACACCGAACUUUCCUUCAAGCAGCUUACCACAGUUUCUGACUACCCAGCUGUGUAGAUGUUAUUAUGUGUGCAACACCUCUCCCCGGCUGAGCCAUAAGCUGGGUGAGUCCAUGGCCUGGGUCUGACCCGCAGCAAGGGUGCGAUAAAUAGUAGUGGACUGAACAAUUUUGGAGGAAGAAUGAGCGGCAGACCAGGCCCUGAGAAGCCAAAGUGAGGCCAUGGAGGAUUGAAUCCCACCACCAAUGAGAGAGCUGAGGUUGUUCUGGAAAAGAGGAGCCUCCAGAGAUCUCUGCUCUCGCCUUCCAAUCCCUGUACAGAAGAAGGGCACGGGUGUUUGGGGACAGUCCCUUUGGUGGGAUUGUCAGGCCAAUCGAGGCAGCUCCUGUGGGGGUGGUAAGCUCUCCGUCAGGGCAGGGACCAGGCGCGGGCCGGGCAGGAAGGGGCACGGCUGCAGGUUGGCACAGUAACCCUCAGGGUACUGCGGCCACCAGCUCCUGCCAUUUGGCUGUGACCAGAAGGCCUCUCUGGACAUUCUGGGGACCUUGCUUUCCAAGCCUGUUCACCUGCUGGCUGAAUGGCUGGGCGGGAAAGUUGGGAGCUGGGGUGCAGAGCUAGAAGAAUGAGCCAGCUCACCCCACACUGCUCAGAGCCCCUCUGUGAGCCCAGAGUCUCUGUGUGUCUGGCUCUACAAUCAGGGACCAGGUUCUGGCUCCAACUUGCCCUGUGACCCAGCUUCUCCUUUCCCAAAAUGACUGACUUGACAGAGCCUGGCACAUAGUAGGGCUGGAUAAAUAUUUACUAAGGGGAAGAAACGUGCAACGUGACCCAUGUGUCCUCGGGCCAGGAGAGUAAAGUGUCGAAUGAACGUGCUCUGGCAUCGACUGCCUGGGUCCAAAUCCUGGCUCCUCCACUAAUGGGCUGUGUGACGUUGGAUCAGUUGCUGGAUCUCUCUCUGCCUGAGUUUUCUUACUUCUAAAGCAGGGAUCAUAAUGGUAACUUCCUCUGAGGUUACGGUGAGCAGGGCAGGAAUUGAUCAGCGUAAAGCACUCAGAAGAGGGCCGCACAGAGGAAGUGCACGCUCAGUGCUGGGCCGUGGAGUUUGCGAUGUCACCCCGGCGGCCGGUGGGGGCGGGCCUCCGUGUGCAGUGGGGUUUCAGGGCACGGAGAGUGUGAGGGAGGAACGGCGUCCAUUGAGCACCCACUCUGUGGCCUGCACCUCUGUGGCAGUUGGCAAUCUGCAUCUGGCCCUCAGGACCACCCGGCAAGGCCCUGCGUCUUCCCAGGUGACCACGCCGGCUUCAGGACAUGCACGGGCACAGCCGCAACGGGCAGGCCCACGUGCCCCGGCGGAAACGCCGCAACCGCUUCGUCAAGAAGAACGGCCAAUGCAACGUCUACUUCGCCAACCUGAGCAACAAGUCGCAGCGCUACAUGGCAGACAUUUUCACCACCUGCGUGGACACGCGCUGGCGCUACAUGCUCAUGAUCUUCUCUGCCGCCUUCCUGGUCUCCUGGCUCUUCUUUGGCCUCCUCUUCUGGUGUAUCGCCUUCUUCCACGGCGACCUGGAGGCUGGCCCAGCGGCAGCGGCGGCGGCAGCGGCGGCGGCAGCGGCGGCGGCAGGGGGCGCCCCGACGGGCGGUGGCGCGGCCGCCCCGACGGCCCCCAAGCCCUGCAUCAUGCACGUGAACGGCUUCCUGGGCGCCUUCCUGUUCUCGGUGGAGACGCAGACGACCAUCGGCUACGGGUUCCGGUGCGUGACGGAGGAGUGCCCGCUGGCGGUCAUUGCCGUGGUGGUCCAGUCCAUCGUGGGCUGCGUCAUCGACUCCUUCAUGAUCGGCACCAUCAUGGCCAAGAUGGCUCGGCCCAAGAAGCGGGCGCAGACGCUGCUGUUCAGCCACCACGCGGUCAUCUCGGUGCGCGACGGCAAGCUCUGCCUGAUGUGGCGCGUGGGCAACCUGCGCAAGAGCCACAUCGUGGAGGCCCACGUGCGGGCCCAGCUCAUCAAGCCCUACAUGACCCAGGAGGGCGAGUACCUGCCACUGGACCAGCGGGACCUCAACGUGGGCUACGACAUCGGCCUAGACCGCAUCUUCCUGGUGUCGCCCAUCAUCAUUGUCCACGAGAUCGACGAGGACAGCCCGCUCUAUGGCAUGGGCAAGGAGGAGCUAGAGUCGGAGGACUUUGAGAUCGUGGUCAUCCUCGAGGGCAUGGUGGAGGCCACCGCCAUGACCACCCAGGCCCGCAGCUCCUACCUGGCCAGUGAGAUCCUGUGGGGCCACCGCUUUGAGCCCGUGGUCUUCGAGGAGAAGAGCCACUACAAGGUGGACUACUCACGCUUCCACAAGACCUACGAGGUGGCCGGCACGCCCUGCUGCUCCGCCCGGGAGCUGCAGGAGAGCAAGAUCACCGUGCUGCCUGCCCCGCCGCCCCCGCCCAGUGCCUUCUGCUAUGAGAACGAGCUGGCCCUCAUGAGCCAGGAGGAAGAGGAGAUGGAGGAGGAGGCGGCAGCCGCUGCUGCCGUGGCCGCGGGCCUGGGCCUGGAGGCGGGCUCCAAGGAGGAGGCGGGCAUCAUCCGAAUGCUGGAGUUUGGCAGCCACCUGGAUCUGGAGCGCAUGCAAGCCACCCUCCCGCUGGACAACAUCUCCUACCGCAGGGAGUCCGCCAUCUGACCUCCAGGCCCCGCCUUCAUCACUUCGCACACGAGCCUCUGCAGGGGGUGGGAUGCCAGGACACCCCCUCCACACUCAGGACAGAGCUGACCCUGGCUCCGUGGACCUUCCGGAGGGAGAUGGGGGGGCUUCAAAGACUGGGGAACCCCUUCCUAUUGACUCCAGAGCUCAGGCCUGGGAAGGGCCCAGGAUACCCUCUGCCCUGUCAGCCUACCCACUGGCAUCUCGGGGACCCCAGACCCACCACCCCUUUCCCACUGACACUUCAAGGACGUGCCCCCUUUACUCUCAGAACCUUGGGGAAGGCGGCUGGACUGCUGGGGGUUGGGCAUCGCAGGGUUCUGGGGUGGGCAGGGGU